UGCGUCGUGCGAUACACAGGGAUCGUAUCCAAGAACAGGACGUGAUUCCGCGCUGCGUCAGAGCAUUUAUCUCUCAAAUAAACAAACUAAACCCGACACGGGUUGUGCGCGCGCGACGACUUGCAUUCACAGCGACGAGGCCGCAUUUUGCGCUUGCUCGGUUCGCGAAACGUCGUCGUCCGGAGACAACGGAGCUCGUAGUGGACGAGAAAGAGACUGACUGUACCCUUCUCAGAAGGGCUACGUAACAAAAAGCUAAAAAUCGACGGAUUAUCCCGAAACAUCGUGAUAAGUGCACUGCUGUUAUCAACGAUAUAGCCUUGUUAUGUAAAUUAGCGUAAAUCGUUCGAAUUAACGUUGAGAUUAGCGCGAACGCUGCUGCGCUACGCUGCUAGGAGAUCACGAGAGACUCGCUUGUGAACUCGUUGAGCGAUCUCGACUCGAUGAGCCACGAGAUUCGAUAACGACCAUAGAAUUAUCUGACGCGCGUCAUCUUCAGCGAGAGUUAUCUCCAUUGAUCGGUCCAGCUGCGGAGACGCAUGGUACGUUCGCGCUAACGCCGCCCUCGCCUCGAAACCAGAGGAACAAUCCCGGACGUUCUCUCUCCUCAAGCUCUUUGACCCCAACGCAGUUCGCGGGCCAUGUCGCGUCGUCCAGGUCGCAAAGACGUGAGUGCACCUUCGAGGAUAACAAUCAUCGUUCGCGAGGACCUGAUCGCAUUCGCGCAAUAUCGUGCUCCCGUGUAAAACUGUCACAUGUGCACGUGUACACGUGUGCUUAAUGAGACAUAGAGAGGCUGAUAUCGCCGACACUGCGGGACUUUAUAACGUGAAAAGACAAACUGCAUUUUCCGCAUUUAUCGAGCUAUACACGCUUUGUUUUUAUCGCGUUUCCUGGACUUUUCAAGGCAGGGACACCGUGUUUGUAGUGUUAACGAGCAAAGGAAUUUCCAAGGAGUUUGAACGGAUGUCACGUGUCGUUGCUCCGCGAUAGUCGCUGAGAGAGAGAGAUAAUUACCGCAAAAUGCUACUGGGUAGUUACCAGUACGUCAGUCAGUACCAAAAUGUGUCAUCUUCGUCAAAGGAAAUCGGCGCUUGCAGCAGUGCUUAUAGAAGUCCCUUUCGAACAACCAGCAUGCCGUUGCAGGACAUCACCAUGAGCCAGACAUUGCCACUGAUGAACGGUGGAAACGCAGCACCAUAUGGUACAAGCUCUGUUGGAACCAAAGACGGAACGUCGAUGGCAGGAUUGGCAGGUUGGAGCGGAGGUAGCGGCGGCGGAGUCGGCAGGACCAUGAAAGAGUACGAGGAUCUGUUAGGAAGCUUGCAGAAAGAAAACUUCAAUCUUAAACUGCGAAUUUAUUUUCUGGAAGAACAAGCAGGCAUCUCUCAGACUGAUCAGGAUGUGGUUAAGAAAAACAUAGAAUUAAACGUUGAGAUGGAAUCUAUGAAGAAAGAAUUGGUGGAGAAACAGGAACUUCUCAGUCAAGCAGCGAAAGCUUUUGAAUUAAUUGAAGAGCAGAAAGAAGCGACUGCCCGGGAUCAAGCUCAACGACAACAAUUAUUCGAAAAAGAACGAGAGAAAGUGGUCAAACUCGAGAAAGAAUUAGCAGAGUACCGAGAAAGAGAUGUAAACUCAUCCAUGUACUACAAAGAAGCAUUCGGCAUCAUCCCGGAGCAAGCAUUGGAAAACGUAGAAAAAUUGCAACAGAUGGAAGAAUUGGUGGCGUCUCUUGAAGCGGAGGUGAAACAGAUAACCAGUAGUUUGGAGGAGGAACGCAUCUGGGCUCAAGAACUCGAGAACGAGAGGGACCAACUUAGAGAACGAUUAGACGUGGAGGUGCGACUCCGCGAGAAGCAGGACACGGAUCGUAUGCGAGAUAUCGACGAGUUGCGUGAGAAGGUGAAAGAUUUGGAGGAGCAGCUAUUCAAGAAAGACACCUCUAUGCAACAAUACAAAAAUGACCUCGUCGAGCGCGACAGACUCGUCAAAGAGAAGAGCGCGUUGCUGCUGGAAAAGUGCCAAGCGUACGAGGAGCUCAACCUGGUCUCCGAGAAGAGGAAACAGCAGAUCGUUCAAUUGAGAGCGUCUGUAAAGACUCGUGACGACACCCUCACGGAUCUAAACUAUAAGCAUCGCAUGUUGUUAUCACAGUGUGAAAAUGGAUAUGGUAAACGCUCACCGUCCAGCAGCCCCUCUGCUUUGAAUUCAUUAGCGUGCCGUUUAUCGCCGCCUAUGGGGCAAAAACCGUCUUGUGUUCGUGACAUAAUGGAUAUGGAUAGUACGUAUACUGAUUUGGAAUCGUACAGAGAAAAAACGGUGAAUUUAUUAUCACCUCUGCAAACGAUCGGCGAAGAUACCAAAGAAUUUAGCCAAUUAACAAAGGAACUAGAAGAAAGAGACAAUGAAUUGAAGCGGCUAGAAGAGGCAAGGAAGCAAUUGGUACUCAGACUGUGUAACACGCAGAAACACGCGGAAAAUACAGAGCAGAGACUGAAGAAGAUUGAAAGCGAUCACAAGAAAGCUAUCAAAGCGAUACAAGGCUUCAUGGAGCGUGAAGAACAGAUGCGAGAUUGGAACGUGCGGAAAGAACGGAGGAUCCAAGAAUUGGAGAUGGAGUUACGCAAGUUGCUGGGCUCCGAUGACACGAAGGUGAGAAGGGACGAGCACGAUCUCGUCUUGUUGAAGGACCUUGGCGUUAUAAACGUGGACGGCAACGAGAACAAUUCCUACAAACAGCAACGUUUCGAAGAAAUGGAAAGCAACAUUAAUGAUUUGAGGGGCGAAAUCGAGACAAUAAAAACUGAGAAGAAUCUCUUGGAAAAACGAAUACAGGUUGAAUCUGAAGAACUACAAGGACGUCUUCACGAUAAAGAGCAGAAAAUCGAAAUACUAGAGACUGAAAAGCAGACUGUUGCGAGAGAAUUAACAGACAAAAUCAUUGAACUAGAUAAACUCAAGCAUGCUGAAACGAAUACCAGUAUCAUCGAGGAUGAUGCUCCGCAAAAAGAAGAACUGCUUGAACAACUGAAAGUACAGAAUACCGAGAUUGAGGAGAAAAACCGAAAGAUCGAACAACUGACGAAGGAGCUGCAGGUGAAAACUCAGAAUCUGCAGAAGCUAGUCAACACAGAGCUCUGGAGCAAGAAUAAGGAGAUCGCCAAACUGCAUAAUCAUAUGACAGCGUCGUACAACCCUGACAGAAGCCGCAACAAGCCGGAGGCCGUUCAGGAAAAUGGUAGUUUGCAACUGACAUGUCUCAUUCGCGAAUUAAACGAGAUCGGUAUCAAAGCAACCUUUGCGAACGAGACCGCUCAUCUGAAUUACAUCAACGAAGACGGGACGGUGGACAUGAAGACGUUAAGAGAAUACGUUUGUAGGCUGACGAAUCAGAAAAACGAUCUCGAAAAGGAGGUAGACUACCUGAAGUGGCUGAAACUAGUCUCGAAACCCGACAUCAAUAUGGAGAUCGACAGUUGUGAAGACGACAGUGAAUGGGCGAAGAAAUACUGCGAGCUAUUGCGCACACAUCUUAAGGAUCUCAUGAAGUUCAUGAAAGAAAUGCUAAAGAACGCCGAACGUGCAGACACUGCCGGCACGGAGCACAAAAAGAUGGUAUUGGACGUUCUGCUUAAUUCGAAGAUGCUGUCGGACGAUUUUGUACGUGCUCUCGAUGACGUAUCCACACAGGAUAGCGUAAUCGCGAACGAUAGACUCGAGUGUUCCAUAAAGAAGACUCGACCCGAAGACGUUGCAGAAGCGAUGAAGAAUCAAGCCUCACAGUCGGACUCCGAGGCGUUCUCCGAACCUGAUCGAACGGUUUCCAUGGCUAGAAUUGGGUUACAAGAGACGCAACACAAGACUCCAAGCCGAUCCAGAUUCUCGAAGUAUAUAGCGAAGACUUGCAGCGACUCUGAAGACUCGACAGAUUAUGUGCCUUAUUAUAAAACCUACCAGAACGAUAUAAACGAUCUGGAUACGAGUCACCAGAUACAGGAAUUGAAGGAAACGAAUAAUAUGUUGUAUUCGGAACUAAACGCCCUGAGGAACGAUCUGGUUACUAAAGUCUCUUUUGACUGUGCAAUCGACGAAAAAUUAACUCCUUUUAUUACGAAAUUAGAAAAGUCUCAAAGAUUUUGCGAAAAGUUACAAGUUUCUCUAGAAAAAAGAAUACACGAGUUUCACACCUUGAAAAAGCAGAACAGCAUUCGCAAGACGCAAUUGGAGAAAAAGAUCAAUGACAUGGAACAGAUGGCAAGCGAAAUGACUAAACAGAAGACUGAAUUGUUGCAAUUCAGAGAUAAUACUGAGAGGAAAACGACGGAUACUUUGUUGAUCCUUAACAAAGAAAACGAAUCGUUACGAGCAAGAAUUAAACAGCUGGAAGAGGAAAACGAAACUGCCAAAGCAACCAUAUCCAUCCUCAGGAAAGAACUGGAACACCUCACUCUUUCGCAUAGUGAGAUAUUUGUGGAGAAUAGCAAGCUAACUAACGACAAAUUGAGGCUCGAACAGGAAAUUAGAAAAAUGGAGAGCCGAUACGACGUAACCGUCCGCUCGUUGCAUGACAAAUUCAGCAAAGAGAUAUCCGAUUUGAAUCAGAUCAAUGACUCACAUAGAGCAAGAGUACAGGAACUCGAGACCGCAAAUAAAGAGUUUAGAAGGCACAUGGCGGUGUGCGAGGCUAGCGAUUCGGCGCCGAGCUCUAGCGGGGUAUCGUCGAUACCCACGGACACCACACUCAAACAAACUUGCGAAGACAUCCUGCAAGAAUAUCAACCUUAUAACAACUCGCAGUAUUGGCAACUGACGAAUUAUUCUACUAUGGGAGCGCGCAGCAAGUCUAGUUGUUCGCCGGAUUUAGGAAUAGAAAGCGACGCCGCUGUCACUACUGUGAGACCCUUAAAAGAUACAUUAAAGAUCACGGAAUCGAUGACUAAUUUGCUGAGCGAUGAGGAGAAUGGGAAUGGUAAUCACAGAGCUCGAGACGCAAGUAGCCAAAGUCCAUUACCGAUAGAAGGUCUUGACGAGGUGGAAGCUUUAAAGCAGGAGAACGAAACGUUAAAGCGACGAUUGAUGAAAACUAGGAGAGCACUAGAAGACACAUUUGAACACUUAUCCGCCUCAAACAAAAAUAAAAAGAAUGUCGAGAAAGCAAUAAUAAAGCAGCUAAUGAUUACGAAGAAUGUCUUGAAGAAGACAAGGACAUUCGAAGAACCUUUGAACGAUUAACAGAGACUACAGACUGACGCAUGAAGAACGAAAAAGAAGAAGCAGCAUGACAUUAUUAUUCGUGUGAUUAGACGUUCUUGAGGAUUUAUUGUUCAAUUACACGAAUGUAUCGUGUUUUGUCUAUUUCUUAUUUAUUCUUUUCUAAUAUUUAUGAGAUGAGAAAACAAACAGUACAUAUCGGUACAAAGAGCUACGAUAUAUACUCAUAUAGGCAUUAACAUGGUUACAAAAUUUUUUAACAAGAAAGUUUCUAAACGAAAAUAUUUUCAUAUUGACAAAACACUAUUUUUGUUAAAGACAGAAAUACAAAAACGAAACGGAAGAGAGUUUAUGAUGACACUGUACAUUAAAUUUGUAUAUAUUUAUAUAAUAGAAUACGCACAUGUAUGACAUUUUCGUAGAUUUUCUUUUUCCGUGGAGGAGUUCUUCCAAAUGCUGAUUACGGCGUCGUCGGACCGCGCCGUUUGUUAUAGUCAGCAUUUGUUCGUUGACGUAUUUCGCUUUACGAUUAACAGAAAUUCGCGCGUGUGUGUACAUAAGUAUUUUAUGUAUCAUAAUGUAGAAUCUCUCUGUACAUAGUCACCAUGAAUAAAGUGCCAUUGAUAUUUAGAAUUUA